GGGAGAAGCAUGGCCGGGAGCAGAGAGGAGGCGCCAGAAUCCGGGCGAGGCGUCGUGAUCUUGGAUGAUUGGCCAGGGUAUGACUUGAAUUUAUUCACAUACCCCCAGCACUAUUAUGGAGACCUAGAAUAUGUGCUUAUACCUCAUGGCAUCAUUGUAGACAGAAUUGAACGUCUGGCCAAGGAUAUCAUGAAGGAUAUAGGUUACUGUAACAUUAUGGUUCUUUGUGUGCUCAAAGGAGGUUACAAGUUCUGCGCAGACCUUGUUGAACGUCUGAAGAACAUCAGUCGGAAUUCAGAUAAAUUUAUCUCUAUGAAGGUUGACUUCAUCAGAUUAAAGAGCUACAAGAAUGACCAGUCCAUGGGUGAGAUGCAGAUAAUCGGAGGCGAUGACCUGUCGACACUGGCUGGAAAGAAUGUCCUCAUUGUUGAGGAUGUUGUUGGCACAGGGAGAACCAUGAGAGCCUUGCUGAGCAGCAUCGAGAAAUACAAGCCCAACAUGGUCAAAGUGGCCAGUUUGCUGGUGAAGCGAACGCCUCAAAGCCAUAGCUUCCGGCCUGACUAUACUGGAUUUGAGAUUCCAGAUUUAUUUGUGGUGGGCUAUGCCUUAGACUACAAUGAAUAUUUCAGAGAUCUGAAUCACAUUUGUGUGAUCAAUGAACAUGGCAAAGAAAAAUAUCGAGUUUAAAGAAGUAAAGUCUCGCCAUCGAAGUUCCAGAUAACACCAUACUUACAGCUGUGUUCAUCACCUCAGGAAUAUUCACUCAGAAGAACAGGAAAUGGGGGGAAAGGUCUUACUGGGAAUGCUUCCUUUUCUGAGAUUCUCAUAUAAAGAGAACUCAAGAUUCCAAAAGAAAGUGAAAAUGAUGCUUUUAUUUAAGUUGUUCCAAUUUAACCAUUCUGCUCAGUGACUCCCAGGUUCGAGCUAUAUGCCUCAGUCUUACACUAGAGCUUCUUUUGUUUGCUAGUCAUGCUGCUUUAUUACUGUACCCCCACCUCAUUCCUCAAAUAUUUCUCACUUCAUUUUUCUGUACACUUCAUUUUGCUAAUAUUUGGCCAUCUUAAGAAGCAGGAAGUGUUUUAAGUUAAGCUCAGGGCACAGAACCUGGUAAAACAACUCGCUCUUGAUACAGUAAAGGGAGAGAAAGGACAAUUUAAUAUACAUUUGUUUGUGCAUGUCUGACAGGCCGUUAUUAUCUGCUUUGACAAAAGCCUUUCUGAACAGCAGUGGACAAUGAAUUUUAAUGAUGUUAUGAAAUGAGUCUUAGCUGGCUGCUCUUGAUUGGAGCUUCCGGUAUGUGAUAACAGUGUGUCAUGUAUGCAUGGAUGUACUCAACUGUAUUUAAUCCUCUGAAUUUCAAUUAGAUAAAAACAAUGGUAGCAUGGCACUCAUUUCUAAGCUGCAUCCUUUUAUUCAUGUAGGACAAGAGCAAAUGGCAGAAUUGGUGGGGGAGGAGAAAGUGUUUUCCAUGCUCCAAAUUGAACAAGUUUAUGUUUUCUCUU